UGGGGCUCAGGAGAAGCAGCUUGUGGGGCUCAGGAUGGCAGGAGAAGAAUCUUGUGGGGCUCAGGAUGGCAGGAGAAGAAACUUGUGGAGCUCAGGAUGGCAGGAGAAGAAACUUGUGGGGCUCAGGAUGGCAGGAGAAGAAACUUGUGGGGCUCAGGAUGGCAGGAGAAGAAACUUGUGGGGCUCAGGAUGAUGGCAGGUACAGAAACCUGCUAGCCUCAGGACUGCAGAAGCUUGUGAACCUUAGGAUGGCAGGAGCAGAAAUUUGUGGGUCUCAGGAUGGCAGGUGCAGAAACUAUUUGCUCUUUGGCAGGAGUAGAAACUUGUAGGCCUUGCAAUUGCAAGAGCAGAAGCUUGUUUGGUCUUGGGAUUCAAGGAAUAAAAGUUUGUUAGUCUUACUCCUAUUAUUUGUCCUAGGACCAGGGAUUUGUGGCCUCAGGAUACCCAGGUACCCUGUGGUAGUAAUUAAAUUUAGAAACAAAAAGGAGAGAUGAACACAUACAGGAAAUGAAACUGAAAGGAGCUUCCAUAUGAUUAAUUUUUUUAAUUUUUUUUUUUUAGGAUGAGUGCUGUUUUAGGGUUCGCAUGAACUCUAACUCUAAGAAGCUGUAACUCUGACAGUUUAGGUUGCUUGAGGAGAUUUUUAACUAUUGAACGAAUAGAAAUGUAUGAGAGUAACCUAAAGACAUGAUGGCACCUUAUAGUGUCUCAUUGCCUCACUGACUUUCGUAAAUCUUUUGUAAAGUGCCUUCUAUUUUUGGGUGCUGCUCAAAGGCCCUACUGCAGCGUGUAUACCUAUUAGUAAUAAAAAAAAGAGAGAGACGGUUGGACCUUCUGUGAAUCUGGCAUGCGUUCCAGGAAACCAACAGUGGCGCGCAUAAACACUCGGCAUGCUCGCAACGGCUCUCUGAUGUCACCAGCUGAGCGAGAGAGCGAGCGAGAGAGAGAGAGUGGGAGGAGGAGACGGAGGCAGCUAGAGACAGUGCCUGAGGGAGAGCAGAGCGUGCUCAUUGAGAGACGGCGAAGAGAAGAAACGAGAGAGAGAGACUCGGUUGUAUUCCGCUUGCUGUGGACUGCGUGUUUGAGCGUCCUGGGUGUGCGGCGUUACACUGCUCGUCUUGUAAAACGACCGCUUCUUCACUCAGAACUAAAGAACUAAUGGUUGAUGUGAGUGCGGUGUUGCCUGUUGCCGUUCCCCCUGCUGCCAUCCCGAUGGAUCUGCGUGUGGAUCAGCAGCACUUGCCCGUGUCUGGGGAGCAGCAGCUGCAGCAGGAGCUCCUGGCACUCAAACAGAAGCAACAGAUCCAGAGGCAGAUGCUCAUUGCCGAGUUCCAGCGGCAGCACGAGCAGCUCUCACGCCAACACGAAGCCCAGCUGCAGGAGCACAUUAAGCAUCAGCAGGAGCUGUUGGCUAUGAAGCAUCAGCAGGAGCUGCUGGAGCACCAGAGGAAGUUGGAGCGGCAUCGUCGUGAGCAGGAGCUGGAGAAACAGCAGCGUGAGCAGAAACUGCAGCUGCUCAAAAACAAGGAGCGUGGCCAGGAGAGUGCGGUGGCGAGCACAGAGGUGAAGAUGCGCCUUCAGGAGUUUGUGCUGAAUAAGAAGAAAGCUCUGGCCCAGAGAAGCCUCAACCACUGCAUGCCCAACGACCCACGCUACUCAUACUGGAAAACCCAGCACAGUUCACUGGAUCAGAGUUCUCCUCCUCAGACAGGGAUGUCCACUUACAACCACCCAGUGCUGGGACUCUACGAUUCCAAAAACGACUUUCCACUCCGCAAGACAGCGUCAGAGCCGAAUCUGAAGCUGCGCUCCAGGCUGAAGCAGAAGGUGACGGAGCGACGGAGCAGCCCGCUGCUGCGGAGGAGGGACGGACCCGUAACCACGGCCAAGAAACGCUCUCUGGAUGUGACCGAAUCAGCUUGUAACAGUGCACCCGGUUCUGGCCCGAGCUCACCCAACAACAGCUCCAACAACAUCACUAACGAGAACGGCAUCACCAGCUCAAUCUCCAACAGUCCAGUAGAGACUUCCCUGGCACAUCGUCUUGCCAGCAGAGAGGGUCCUGUUAGCCAGCUGUCUCUGUACACAUCCCCCUCCCUCCCAAACAUCACUCUGGGCUUGCCAGCCACCGGCUCCACCACUGUGGCAUCUGGCCAGCAGGAGGGUGAGCGGCUGGCGAUAGCAGGCCUGCAGCCCGGAUUACCCAUAACCACUCCAUUCAUCGCAGGAGCCCACCUUCCCUCAUAUCUGGCUGCCUCUGCCAUGGAGCGAGAAGGAGGCUCGGCCCACAACCCUCUGCUGCAGCACAUGGCCCUGCUGGAGCAGUCACAGAAUCCCCUGGUUUCAGGUCUGAGCGGUCUGCCCCUGCAGUCACCCUCCAUCCAUAAACUGCGUCCUCACCGGCCGCUGGGCCGAACCCAGUCAGCGCCACUGCCCCAGAACACACAGGCCCUGCAGCAGCUCGUGGUCCAGCAGCAGCACCAGCAGUUCCUGGUCAAACAGAAGCAGCACUUCCAGCAGCAGCAGCUCCACAUCAGCAAGAUUAUGGCCACUAAACCAAAUGAACCAGGCAGGCAGCACGAGAGUCACCCGGAGGAGACCGAGGAGGAGCUGAGGGAGCAUCAGGCUCUGAACGACCCAGCUGAAGGCCUGCCACGCGGCAUCACCAUCAAACAGGAGCCUCCUGAUCAACUGGAGGAGGAGCUGCAGCAUCGAGAGAGACAGGCAGAGCACGAGCUGAUCUUCAGACAGCAGGCACUGCUUUUGGAACAGCAGAGAAUCCAUCAGCUAAGAAACUACCAGGCAUCGAUGGAGGCCGCCGGCCUGUCCGUCACUUUACCAGGGCACCGCCCCCUGUCCAGAGCUCAGUCCUCGCCAGCCUCUGCCACAUUCCCGAUUGUAGUGCAGGAGCCUCCGGCUAAGCCACGUUUCACUACCGGGCUGGUGUAUGACACUCUAAUGCAGAAGCACCAGUGUAUGUGUGGCAACACUAACACCCACCCAGAGCACGCGGGCCGAAUCCAGAGUAUCUGGUCCAGACUGCAGGAGACCGGACUGCGCAGCAAGUGUGAGUGUAUCCGGGGCAGGAAGGCCACACUGGAGGAGCUGCAGACGGUCCACUCUGAAGCUCACGUGCUGCUCUACGGGACCAACCCACUGAGACAGAAAUUAGACAGCUCUGUGACACCCAUGUUUGUGAGGUUGCCCUGUGGGGGCAUCGGGGUGGACAGUGACACUAUCUGGAACGAGGUACACUCGUCUAGCGCGGCUCGUCUGGCCGUCGGCUCCGUGGUGGAACUUGUGUUUAAAGUGGCGUCUGGAGAACUGAAGAACGGUUUCGCUGUGGUACGGCCUCCAGGACACCACGCCGAGGAGAGCACCCCCAUGGGAUUCUGUUAUUUCAACUCGGUGGCCAUUGCUGCCAAACUCCUCCAGCAGCGACUGAAUGUCAGCAAGAUUUUGAUAGUGGACUGGGACGUUCACCAUGGCAACGGCACCCAGCAGGCUUUCUACAGUGACCCCAAUGUGCUGUAUCUGUCUCUGCAUCGCUAUGACGACGGGAACUUCUUUCCUGGCAGCGGCGCUCCUGAUGAGGUUGGCUCGGGGCCUGGUGUGGGCUUCAACGUGAACAUGGCCUUCACAGGCGGUCUGGAGCCUCCCAUGGGAGACGUGGACUAUCUGGCUGCCUUCAGAACGAUAGUGAUGCCUAUUGCUAAUGAGUUUGCACCUGAUGUGGUUCUGGUUUCGUCGGGGUUCGAUGCUGUGGAGGGCCACCCGCCACCACUGGGGGGAUACAAACUCACAGCCAAGUGUUUUGGCUACCUGACCAAGCAGCUGAUGGGCCUGGCCGGCGGCCGCCUGGUGCUCGCCCUUGAGGGGGGUCACGACCUCACUGCCAUCUGCGAUGCGUCUGAAGCAUGUGUUUCUGCUUUGCUAGGAAACGAGUUGGAACCACUACCUGAGAAGGUUCUUCAACAGAGGCCCAAUCUCAAUGCUGUGCGCUCCAUGGAGAAGGUUCUGGAAGCCCAUAGUAAGUACUGGCGCUGUCUGCAGCGCAGUGUUUCGACGCUGGGCUACUCCCUGAUCGAGGCUCAGAAGUGUGAGACAGAGGAGGCUGAGACUGUAACCGCCAUGGCCUCAUUGUCUGUAGCCACCAAGAACAUGGGGAAACGGUCUGAAGAGGAGCCAAUGGAGGAAGAACCACCACUGUAGAUGACGGGUGACCAACUUGACUGGGUGACCUCCUUGGCUCACAGCCUCUCACUGGUGUGUGACCUCACUCUGCUCUCUCCAUAUGUUUCAUUUUGGCCACUCCAGGCUCCAUGGCACCGCCGCCUCUGAGUGCCUUUUCAGCACAGAAAGCAAAACAGACCGAAGACGUCUCCAAAAAAAAAUCCAAGCACACCAGUGUGGAAAACCUCUGCAGUUUUAGUCUGUCUCUGUCUAGAGCAGGGUGUGUCCAGGCCUCCCUUCUGCUCUGUCUGCACAGACGACUGCUUUCAAACAGGAUGUGGACUUGCGUCUCACUGCUUGAAGCGAGAGCUGGUGCUUUCAAAAGCAAACUCUUCUUUUCAUGGCCACUAAUGUCCGCAUGGUCUCAACUGUGGACGUUGUCACGGCUGUGUCCUCGUCUGGUUUUAUUUCUUGUCUCUUUGGUUGUUUUAUUUGGUUUGUCUUUUCUUGAGGAGGAAAAAGUGACUGGUGCUGUUUCAUUCCGAAUUGGGAAAUUCUUUGAAAGUUACUUCUGGAUGCUUUGCGAGAUGGUUGAGAGGAGAGGCCGGAGACAUGGGCAGGGUGGGAGAGAGGUAGAAAAUUUAGAGGAUGUGUGGAUGAAGGCUGACGAAGCAGCUUGUCUGAAACCCCUCUAACACACACACACAAGAGAGACACUGAGAGCUUGUGCCUUUUUUUACAGAGCUGGUGGAUUUAAUGAUGAUUUGAGAAGAACAUUGCCUUAAACUAGUUCCAUAAAGGGAAGGCCAUCGGGUACUUCCGCCCCCUCCUUCAUUUUUUUUCCAGGAGCGGAAUGGCUGGAGGCCUGAAGGACAGAAAUCCCUUUGCAUGUUUACCAGGAAUGUCCUGCAGACUUGUGCGUGUCUCACACACAUUAUCAUCAUUUUAUUGGCGAUUUAUUUUUCCUCUGCAUUUUUUCGAUACUUGCUUUGGACUUAACUUUUAAAUAACCAAGAAGGUAGUUGCCAGCCAUAUCCAGGCAAACAUCGUUGGAGCAGUUUUCAAUUGAUUCUUUAGUACUUUUGAGAGCAAGUACAGCCCAAUGUAGCUACUUGUUCAAACUCUAUGACCAAAUCGAUACAUCCGUCUCCGUUAACUAGCAUGCACUGUUACUGAACACCAUUCCCAGUAGACCAGUAGAGGAACACAAACUAAAAGCAUGAGAUAUUACCAGUACUUCAGUGCCACUAACUGCAGGCAUACAUGAUAGGACUGUUAACAUGUUUAUCUUCUUCUACAACUUGGUGUGGUUUAUGAGAAAAGUUGAACGAUUGAACUAUUUAUAUUUUUCAUGUAUUUCUCACGGCAGACGUUAGACGUUUUAUAGGUACUGUUUGAAUGUCACAGUGUUCAUAUUCGAUUCAAUUAAUAGUGCUAGCUAAUCACCGAUAAUAACCUUCUGUCCAGAUGGCCAGUUUUCAUUGACAUCUUUCAACUAUGAGCAUAAGGGCUGGAAAACAAUUUUAAAAUAUACCGUUGAGCCUUCAGAUGUUCCAGCAGAUCGAUUCGGUGCUGGUGCCCAGCAUGAUGUUUCCUAGCAGCACUGCAGUGGACGUCCCUACAGAUUUCACUACAGGCAGGUGCUACUGUCUGAGUGAGUGUGAGUGUGAGUGUGCGUGUGUGUGUGAGCGUACGUGUGUGUGUUACGCAAUCCAGGAAGUAAUUGGACCACCAGCCUUCACCCUGAUAAUGAUGCUAAAACCAUGGAGAUGGCUGUGACACUCCUCGCAUGAGUCUCUGAGCUGAGUGCAUACUGUAGGUAUGGAGCACAUGCAUGGCAGCAUAUGUAUGCAUUUUAAUGGUCCAUUUACUUGUGUGUGUGCGUGUGUGCGUGUGUGUGUGUGUGUGUGUG